GUUAUGAAUUCAGGACCUACUUUCAUCACCACAAAGUAGGAGCAAAAUAGUUUAUGAAAACAAAUACCAUUCUAUACUUAGAUUAGGUAAAUCAUACCAUACAACCAAAAAAAAUCAGGUCCUCCUAGAAAAUGCUAAUCCAUAGUGCUCUCAACACUUUCCUUAUCAAUUGUCAUAAAAAUCACCUAACUUUGAUCAAACUUUCUAUAUAAUCCAUGAAGAGAGUGUGUGUGAUCUACAAGCAACCCUUUUCUCAUUUUCCUUUUAUUAUCUUAGCAUCUUAAAAAAUUUGUACUUUAUGGCUUCUUUUGGUACACAUAAUAACAACAUUGACAUAGAAGCAAAGCCAAGCAAAAUCAAAGGUGCUGAAGAAAACAACAGCAUUGACUAUUUUCAAAGGGCACAAUGGCUAAGAGCUGCUGUUUUAGGAGCCAAUGAUGGAUUGGUAUCAGUAACUUCACUAAUGAUGGGUGUUGGAGCUGUGAAUGAAGACAGCACAACAAUGCUUCUUGCUGGUUUUGCAGGACUAAUUGCAGGGGCAUGUAGUAUGGGAAUUGGAGAGUUUGUUUCUGUUUACACUCAGUUAGAUAUAAUGGUAGCUCAAAUCAAAAGAGAAAGAGAAAUCAGUGGCAUUAUUAGUAGUUUGAAAAAAGGGUGUGAAGAUGAGAAGCUACCUAACCCUUUUCAAGCGGCUAUAGCAUCAGCAAUUGCAUUUUCUUUGGGUGCUAGUGUUCCAAUGAUAGGAGCAGCAUUUAUAAGGGACUAUAAGAUAAGGUUGGUUGUUGUUGCUGUGUUGUCUAGCUUGGCAUUGUUGGUUUUUGGAGGGGUUGGUGCAAUACUUGGUAAAGCACCAGUGAGAUUGUCUUGUGUUAGAGUUUUGAUUGGAGGUUGGAUGGCUAUGGCUAUUACUUUUGGAUUGACCAAAUUAAUUGGCUAUAGUUCACUUUGAAUGUGAUUGCUAGGCUCGCUAGGGUAUGACUCAAGUGAUUGGUGCACAUUGUAUGAAGAUCGUAAGAUUUAUAAUACCGAGUUCAAUUUCUAAGGAACUUUUACUUUGUUUUCUUCUUCAUCCCUUUUAUAAAUAAAAAAAAUCAAAUGUGUUGGUGUAAGAACGCAAAUAUAUCUACACAAAGAUAAAUGCUUUUAAACUAAAAUUUGCUCAAGUUUUAUAAGCAUUUAUCAAAUUAUAUGUCUAAUCACUGUAGGACUCACUCAUCUAUUUCAUUGCUUCAAAGCAAUAAUUAUGCUUUGGAUGCAUUUUGUUUAAACAAAUUUGUAGAAUCUCACCGAGGCAAGAACAAAUUUUUGUCUAAUGUUUACUAUUACUUUAUUAUAAAGGUCGGAUCAUACACCCACAAUUGAGUUU